AUGGCAGCACCGGCAGCGCAAUACAAGGACAGACAGUUUCUCGCCGUUAUCGGCGAUGAGGACACUUGCACGGGCAUGUUGCUCGCGGGCGUAGGCCACGUUACCCAGCCGCCAGAUAGCCAAAAGAACUUUUUGGUUGUGGACGGCAAGACCGAGACGUCGGCCAUCGAAGCCGCCUUUGAUCGCUUCACCAACGAGCGCAAGGACAUUGCCAUUCUGCUUAUCAACCAGCAUAUUGCCGAGAGGAUACGACACCGUGUUGAGAGUUACACUGCCGCCUUCCCCUCGCUGCUUGAGAUUCCGUCCAAGGACCACCCCUAUGAUCCUGAGAAGGACAGCGUGCUGAAGCGCGUCAGGAGAUUGUUCGGAGAGUAG